AGUUGAGUGUAUGAAACCGUUAUUUUUUGCAACGUAAUUGGAAAUAAUGUUCUUUUCGAGUUAAAUUUACUUGAAAGCUCAGUAAAUAAAUAAUAAAUAGCAGGACUAUUUAUAAUUAUCUCGUGUGUAGAUGCCGGAUAUAUUGCAUUUCAUGUGGAUUAGAUAUUAAUUAUAUGUACGUUGUCUUGUUGCACAACAGUUUUGUCGUUUAGCCGCCAAGAGCGUAAGAAGCAAUCAUGGAGGACGCACAUGCGAAAUCCGUGGACGAAGUCUUAGGAUAUUUCAGUACAGAUCCUGAAAGGGGAUUGUCUACUGAUCAAAUUAAAAGGAAUCAAGCUAAAUAUGGACCUAAUGAACUUCCAACGGAAGAGGGUAAAUCCAUCUGGCAAUUAGUACUUGAACAAUUCGAUGAUCUUCUAGUUAAAAUUUUACUGUUAGCUGCUAUUAUAUCUUUCGUUCUCGCCCUUUUUGAAGAGCACGAAGAUUCUUUCACUGCCUUCGUUGAACCUUUCGUCAUUUUACUGAUUUUAAUCGCUAACGCUAUUGUCGGUGUUUGGCAGGAAAGAAACGCUGAAUCGGCUAUUGAAGCUCUUAAGGAAUAUGAACCAGAAAUGGGAAAAGUCGUCCGUGGCGAUAAGGCCGGUGUACAAAAAGUACGCGCGAAGGAAAUCGUUCCCGGAGACAUCGUUGAAGUAUCCGUCGGAGACAAAAUUCCCGCCGACAUCCGUCUCAUAAAAAUUUUCUCCACGACAAUUCGUAUCGAUCAAUCUAUUUUGACUGGUGAAUCAGUCUCUGUAAUAAAACACACCGAUCCCAUCCCAGACCCACGGGCGGUCAAUCAGGACAAAAAGAAUAUUUUGUUUUCUGGCACAAACGUAGCUGCUGGAAAAGCUCGUGGUAUUGUUAUCGGCACUGGCUUGAACACUGCUAUUGGUAAAAUUCGUACUGAAAUGUCAGAAACUGAAGAAAUCAAGACCCCACUUCAGCAAAAGCUUGAUGAAUUUGGUGAACAAUUGUCUAAAGUAAUCACCGUUAUUUGCAUUGCCGUGUGGGCUAUUAAUAUUGGACAUUUCAAUGACCCUGCUCACGGAGGUUCAUGGAUCAAGGGUGCCGUCUACUACUUCAAAAUCGCAGUUGCUCUCGCUGUAGCCGCCAUUCCAGAAGGUUUACCUGCUGUCAUCACAACUUGUUUGGCCUUAGGUACCCGUCGUAUGGCCAAGAAAAAUGCUAUCGUACGUUCUUUGCCUUCAGUAGAAACCUUGGGUUGCACAUCAGUAAUUUGCUCUGAUAAGACUGGUACUUUGACCACUAAUCAGAUGUCUGUAUCUCGUAUGUUUGUCUUUGACAAAAUUGAAGGUAGCGAUAGCAGUUUCACUGAAUUCGAAAUCACUGGAUCCACUUAUGAACCAAUUGGUGAUGUAUACUUGAAAGGUGCUAAAGUUAAGGCCAGCGAAUUUGACACCCUGCAUGAAUUAGGAACAAUCUGUAUCAUGUGCAAUGAUUCCGCUAUUGAUUUCAACGAAUUCAAACAAGCUUUCGAAAAAGUCGGUGAAGCUACCGAAACCGCCUUGAUUGUAUUGGCUGAAAAAAUGAAUCCAUUCAAUGUUUCUAAACAAGGACUAGACCGUCGUUCUGCUGCCAUCGCCGUCCGCCAGGAAAUUGAAACCAAAUGGAAAAAAGAGUUCACUCUCGAAUUCUCUCGCGAUCGUAAAUCUAUGUCUUCCUAUUGUACUCCACUGAAAGCUUCUCGUCUAGGUACUGGACCUAAAUUAUUCUGUAAGGGUGCCCCAGAAGGUGUAUUGGAACGUUGCACACACGCUCGUGUAGGAACCACCAAGGUACCACUGAAUGCAACUCUUAAGAACCGCAUUCUUGACUUGACUCGUCAAUACGGUACUGGACGUGAUACUCUUCGUUGCUUGGCUUUGGCUACCGCUGAUAACCCAAUGAAACCAGAAGAUAUGGAUCUUGGAGACUCCACUAAAUUCUACACCUAUGAAGUGAAUCUAACCUUUGUUGGAGUCGUCGGUAUGUUGGAUCCCCCACGUAAAGAAGUAUUUGAUUCCAUUGUUCGCUGCCGCGCUGCCGGUAUCCGCGUAAUUGUUAUCACUGGUGACAACAAGGCUACCGCCGAAGCUAUUUGCAGACGUAUUGGUGUGUUUACAGAAGAUGAGGAUACAACCGGAAAAUCAUACUCUGGACGUGAAUUCGAUGAUCUACCAAUUUCCGAACAGAGGAAUGCUUGUGCUCAUGCUCGCCUGUUCUCACGUGUGGAACCCGCUCACAAAUCAAAGAUUGUAGAAUAUUUGCAGAGCAUGAACGAAAUUUCUGCUAUGACUGGUGAUGGUGUAAAUGACGCUCCUGCCUUAAAGAAAGCCGAAAUUGGUAUUGCCAUGGGCUCUGGUACUGCUGUAGCUAAAUCUGCUUCUGAAAUGGUGUUAGCUGAUGAUAACUUCUCUUCUAUUGUCGCUGCUGUUGAAGAAGGUCGCGCUAUUUAUAACAACAUGAAACAAUUCAUCCGAUACUUGAUUUCUUCCAACGUUGGUGAGGUUGUUUCAAUCUUCUUGACUGCGGCUCUUGGUCUUCCUGAAGCUUUAAUCCCUGUACAAUUGUUGUGGGUCAACUUGGUCACUGAUGGUUUACCAGCUACUGCCUUAGGUUUCAACCCACCGGACUUGGACAUUAUGGACAAACCACCACGUAAAGCUGAUGAAGGUCUUAUCUCUGGAUGGUUGUUCUUCAGAUACAUGGCUAUUGGAGGGUAUGUAGGUGCUGCCACUGUUGGAGCUGCCAGUUGGUGGUUCAUGUAUUCUCCAUAUGGUCCACAAAUGAGCUACUGGCAACUUACUCAUCACUUGCAAUGUCUUGGUGGUGGUGACGAAUUUAAGGGAGUCGAUUGUGGUAUUUUCACUGAUCCUCAUCCAAUGACCAUGGCUUUGUCUGUACUUGUAACAAUUGAGAUGUUAAACGCAAUGAACAGUUUGUCUGAAAAUCAAUCUCUUCUUGCUAUGCCCCCAUGGCAAAACAUGUGGUUGGUAGGAUCCAUGGCUCUCUCCUUCACUCUUCACUUCGUCAUUUUACAUGUAGAAGUUUUAUCAGCUGUUUUCCAAGUAACUCCAUUGUCUCCUGAUGAAUGGAUCACUGUGAUGAAAUUCUCUAUUCCUGUUAUAUUGCUUGAUGAAGUACUGAAGUUUGUUGCGCGAAAGAUCACUGAUGGUGAGAGCAUCUUCUAUAAAUGCCAUUGGCUAGUUCUAACAUGGGCCAUUUGGUUUGGUUUGUUGAUUUAUGGUCCAAUUUAAAUACGACUUACCAGUCCCUGCUAACCAAGCACCCAAUUGUCACCACUUUCUGUAGUGUGCAGUGAUUAUAACUGGACUACAUAUGAGUGCAGAAUCCUCCUCAAUUAACAGUUAAUUUGAUGGUGAACUUACCUGACCCAUGAGGUACAGGCAAUGAGUGAAAUACUAAUAUAAAAAGUUUACAGCAUAAUUCUGCAUUGUGUUAUUACGUGAUGUAUUUUCCAUCAUAAACUGUUUGUAUAAAUUAA